AGCUGCCAACACCAUGGGGAUGGCCACCAAGGACACCUCAGCAGCCACCAAGAGAGCCUUGGUAGGGGCAGUGACCACCAAGAAGGCCUCGUUGGUGGCUGCGACCACCAAAAACACUUCAGUGGCCACCCAGAAUGCUGUGGUGGGGGCAGUCACCAAGAAUGCCAUGGUGGUGGCCACCACCAAGAAUGCUGCAGUGGUGGCCACUGCCAACACCUCUGUGACCACCAGGAACGCAUUGACAGCCACCAAGGACAUCUCAGCAACCACCAAGAAUGCCAUGGUGGUGGUGACUACCAAGGAGGCCUCGACGGCCACCAAGAACAACUUGGUGGUAGUCAGGGCCACUAAGAAUGCGUUGGCAACCACCAAGAACACCUCAAUGGUGACUAUGGCCAUCAAGGACGUCUCAGUGGUGACCAUGGCCACCAAGAACACCUCAGUGGUGAGCGUGGCCACCAAGAACACCUCAGCAGCCACCAAGAAUGCCAUGGUGGUGGUGGCAACUACCAGGGAGGCUUCAGCAGCCACCAAGAAUACCUCAGUGGUGACCAUGGCCACCAAGGACAUCUCAAUGGUGACCAUGGCCACCAAGGACACCUCAGCAGCCACCAAGAAUGCUGUGGUGGUUGUGGUGACUACCGAGGAGGCUUCAGCAGCCACCAAGAACACCUCAGUGGUGGUGGUCACCAACAAUGCCACGGUGAUGGUGGUCACCAACAAUGCCUCUCUGGUGGCCACCAACACCUCUGUGAAGGGAGCAGAAGAGACCAUGCAAACCUGCCAGAGCUUUCAGUGCUCGGGAGAGAGGUGUUACCAGGAUGGAGCCCAUGCCAACAGAACAACCACCUGCCAUAACGAGACUCACUGCGAGCUCUAUCGUUUCUCCAGCACCAACUACACGGCCGGCUGCAGCAGGGGGUGCAGCUCGGAGCCGUGCAGCACCAACGGCAGCAGCAGCAGGCAGCAGUGUGCCCUGGAGUGCUGUGCUGGCCCUCUCUGCCUGCAGCUCAACGCCACUGCCUAUGGUGAUCUGCCACCCACCACCACCACCACCACCACCGUGCCUCUGACAACCACCAGCACCACCCCUCAGCCUCCCCCCCAGAACAGCCCUCUUAAGAGGAAGGAAAAAGAGGCUUGA